UCUCCGCAGAAAGCCAAAGCAAAGCAAUAGCAAUUGCAAUUUGCAAAAGAGAGUUGCUACCGCCAUACAAAUUCCUCCUCCCACAUUCUCUCACCUCUCUUUCUUUCUCCUUCUGUGAAUGUCAAACGACGCUUCACUCCAACCCUAACCCUAUCUCCCUCUCUCUCAAUUUCUUCGUCUCCGAGUUUCAUCAAUGGCGUCUCCUGCACCUCGCUCUUUGUCUUCUUCAUCUUCCUCCUCGUCUUCGUCCUUUUGCCCCAGUAUCUCCCCUCCUCCUCGCUCGCCUUCUCGCGCCUCUCUCCCUUUCUCCGUUAAAUGUAAUACUGUUGAGCCGUUGAAGUUGGUUAAUGGAAAGCCAUCUGUCCCAAUCCUUGACGAGCAAUCGCUGCCAAAAUUCCUGCACUCGAAACGGUUGGAAAGUUCUGUAAACAGGAGUAAUACAAGGUUGAAACUGUUUUCUGGCUUGGCAAAUCCUGCACUGGCUAAGGAAGUUGCAUGGUACAUGGGUCUAGAGCUUGGAAAAGUGAAGAUAAAACGGUUUGCUGAUGGCGAGAUUUAUGUGCAGCUCGAGGAGAGUGUGAGAGGGUGUGAUGUAUUUAUCAUUCAACCCACAAGCCCUCCAGCAAAUGAAAAUUUGAUGGAACUUUUAAUUAUGAUAGAUGCGUGUCGUAGAGCAUCAGCAAAAAACAUAACUGCAGUGAUUCCGUAUUUUGGAUAUGCCAGAGCUGACAGGAAGACUCAAGGCCGUGAAUCCAUUGCUGCCAAACUAGUAGCAAAUCUUAUUACAGAGGCCGGUGCUAACAGGGUGCUUGCAUGUGAUCUCCACUCUGGGCAAUCAAUGGGAUAUUUUGAUAUUCCUGUCGAUCAUGUAUACUGUCAGCCUGUGAUACUUGAUUAUUUAGCCAGCAAGGGUAUAGCUUCAAGUGACUUGGUCGUAGUCUCCCCUGAUGUUGGAGGAGUUGCAAGGGCCCGUGCCUUUGCCAAGAAGUUGUCUGAUGCACCUUUAGCCAUUGUGGAUAAAAGACGGCAUGCACACAACGUAGCAGAGGUGAUGAAUCUUAUUGGUGAUGUGAAAGGAAAAGUUGCUGUAAUGUUAGAUGACAUGAUAGACACUGCUGGCACUAUUACAAAGGGUGCAGAAUUGCUGCAUGAAGAGGGUGCUAGAGAAGUCUAUGCAUGUUGCACUCAUGCUGUUUUCAGUCCACCAGCGAUAGAGAGGUUGUCUAGUGGUUGUUUUCAGGAAGUGAUCAUUACAAACACACUUCCAGUAGCAGAAAAGAACUUCUUCCGUCAGUUGACCGUUCUUUCGACAGCAAACCUUUUGGGGGAAACCAUUUGGAGGGUUCAUGACGACAGUUCCGUUAGUAGUAUUUUUCAGUGACAUUAGUCAGUCGACCAACAAAAUACUACUAGUAGCUUAUCUUAUUAAUUAGAGCCACAUCUUUUGUAGUACCAUAUCAUAUGUUUUUAUGUACCCCGUAAUUACCGAUUAGUUCGUUGCCUUUAUAAACUUAGGGUUCAUGUAAACUAGUUGAAUCAAGUUCUCUUUGGGUGAUAUUUGUAUAUUUGUUGUAUUGCCUAUGAUGUACUAUUCUAGAAAUAAGGUGAACCCUUGAGCUCGAGUUUUAGUUAUUUUUAGGUCAUGUAGCUACUUUGUGUUGAACAGUUGGUGAUGCAGCAACGGUAAGGGUAAAUUCCUCAA